GUUAGUUUGUGUGAUACCGCAAACCAAAGGUGCCAGUAUUGGUUCGGACAGCGGGCCUGUGCAGCCGACAGUGUUUUGAUGACAUUCAUCAGUAUUAUUAGCUAAGCUUAAGCCAAUUAGCCGCCUACGGCUCGGAAGCAAGUCGUUAACACGGGGCCGCAUCGUCUGUGGACAAUGAGAAAGAUCGCUGUGCUGCUGAUUGUGCUGCUCGGUGUUGCACAUUUUGCAACUGUCAGCAGAUGCGAAGAUGAUGUCACGGAGGAAAAAGAGGAGGUUGAUGAAGAGGAUAGUGACGAUGAGGAUGAUGAAGAGGACGAAGUUGAUGACACAGAAGUGAAAGACGAGAACGGGGUGCUGAUUCUCAAUGACAAGAACUUUGAAACGUUCAUGGAGGGGAAAGACACGGUCUUAGUUGAGUUCUACGCUCCAUGGUGUGGCCACUGCAAACAGUUUGCUCCAGAGUAUGAAAAGAUUGCCAAGACACUCAAAGAGAAUGACCCUCCUAUACCUGUGGCCAAAGUGGAUGCAACGGUAGCCACAGACCUGGCAAGCAGGUUUGAUGUAUCGGGCUAUCCCACCAUCAAGAUCCUUAAAAAAGGGGAGCCCGUGGACUACGAUGGAGACAGGACAGAGAAGGCUAUUGUGGAUCGGGUGCAAGAGGUGGCUCAGCCAGACUGGAAGCUCCCACCUGAGGCAACGCUGGUGCUGACCAAAGACAACUUUGAUGAGACUGUUAAUAACGCAGACAUCAUCCUGGUGGAGUUCUAUGCCCCAUGGUGUGGACAUUGUAAGCGUUUAGCACCGGAGUAUGAGAAGGCAGCCAAAGAGCUGAGCCAGCGCUCUCCUCCCAUUCCUCUGGCCAAGGUGGACGCCACUGUAGAGAAUGAAGUGGCCUCACGCUUUGGAGUGACCGGCUAUCCCACACUGAAGAUCUUUAGGAAGGGCAAGGUGUUUGAUUACAACGGACCCAGAGAGAAGUAUGGCAUUGUUGACUACAUGGCUGAGCAGGCAGGGCCUCCUUCCAAACAAGUCCAGGCUGUAAAACAGGUGCAGGAACUCAUCAAGGAUGGUGAUGAUGCUGUCAUAGUUGGAGUGUUCUCCAGUGAAGAGGAUGCAGCCUAUGAGAUCUACAUUGAGGCUUGUCAUGCACUGAGGGAAGAUUUCACAUUCCGUCACACUUUUAGCUCUGAAGUGGCCAAACUGCUCAAAGUGUCUUCUGGUCAGAUUGUCGUUGUUCAUCCUGAAAGGUUCCGUUCUAAGUAUGAGCCAGCAUCUCACACCCUCACAGUGAAGGACUCUACAUCAGUGUCAGAUGUGCAGGAGUUCUUCAAAAAGCAUACAGUUCCCCUAGUGGGCCACAGGAAACCAAGCAAUGAUGCCAAGCGCUACACCAAACGACCUCUGGUGGUUGUUUAUUAUGGAGUUGACUUUAGCUUUGACUACAGAAAAACUACACAGUUUUGGAGGUCCAAAGUGCUCGACGUAGCCAAAGACUUCCCAGAAUACGCAUUCGCCAUCGCUGAUGAGGAGGACUACGCAGAGGAGCUCAAGGGCCUGGGCCUGAGCGAGAGCGGAGAGGAAGUUAACGUGGGUAUUCUGGCAGAUGGAGGCAAAAAGUUUGCUAUGGAUCCAGAGGAGUUUGACUCCGAGGUGCUGCGAGACUUUGUAAUAGCUUUUAAGAAAGGGAAGGUCAAACCCAUCAUUAAGUCUCAGCCAGUGCCAAAAAGCAACAAAGGACCAGUUAAGGUAGUAGUCGGAAAGACUUUUGAUGAGAUCGUCUUGGACACCCAGAAGGACGUCCUAAUUGAGUUUUAUGCUCCCUGGUGCGGCCACUGUAAGAAACUAGAGCCCGAUUACUUGGCUCUGGCCAAAAAAUACAAAGCCGAGAAGAACCUGGUGAUUGCGAAGAUGGACGCCACAGCUAACGACGUGCCGAACGAGAGCUACAAAGUGGAGGGUUUCCCUACCAUAUACUUCGCCCCAAGCAACAGCAAGCAGAGCCCUGUCAAACUGGAAGGUGGAGACAGAACAGUGGAGGGUCUCAGCAAAUUCUUGGAGAAACAUGCCACAAAAUUAUCACAGAAGAGAGACGAACUUUGAAAGUAUUUCUUGUUAUGAACAUUUCAUGUACUCAGAGUCUCGGACACUGAGGAGGUGAAGGGAAUGCAGUCGAUCUGUGUUACUGAGUUGCUGUGAUGAUUACAGUGUUCACCCUUUGUUUUACUCUGUUCAUUCCAAGUGAUUCAGCUUUUUGUUGUUUCUAAAAAAAAAAAGCAUGUUGGCACUGUUGGGUAAUAUCUUUUUAAAUAAAAUUCAAAAUGAUGGAG